AUGGCCCCGUGGCCCACGUGGACCCUGCAGAGCAGGCCCAGCCAACAAGGACUGCAGACUCCAGGGCGGAACAUUGAGAACAAGCAUGAGCUGCACAGGUGUGUGAGUGCUUCGAAGAAAGACUUGUACCUCAUUGAUCCCCAAAUGGGAGGAGUCCCACCUGAUGGAAAGAACACCAAGGCAUACUAAAGAGCAACAGAGAUUGCUCCCACUUCCUCAGCUAGUCCCUGCAUUUGGUGAUUUCUAUCACACUUAUCCUUAGCAAUAGCCCUGUGUGUUUCAUUGCCCCCAUUUCACAGAUUAGAUAACCAAGUUUCUCAGAGGUUAAAAACUUUCUCAAGAUGCCAAAACUCAUAAGUGGAUAGUUUGAUGUCAAAGCCAACACAGUUAACACCAGCCCACCUGCUAGCCCCUCAAGACCACUUAAUUCUCUCAACCUUCUACCAUGUGGUCAUGGAGAGAGAACAGGACUUGCCUUCCUUCCACCCAGACUCCACACAGAGCUACAGACCCCAGCCCCCAGUACCCCGUGAUCCAGCACUGUGGCCAGAGUCCACUCUGAUUGAUUGCAAAUUCAAUUCUAGAAACGUGGGGAGGCACACGGAGAAGGAGAGGCAUCUUAGGACAGUCAGGCAAGACCAGUGA